UGCCAAAAGAUUGUGAACUGAGCAUCACUGCUGCAUCACAGGUGAGGUAAGCGGCUUCAGCUGCUGACAAAUCCUUGUGCUGUAAGGUUCGACUGAAGGUUAUCAGCUAAACGUAAUAGCCACUCACCCAGCAUCACUCCAAAGAGGAAAUCAAACUUAUCGAGCUGCGCUCCUAUGCCAUUCACCCGAGCAUACACCAUCUCAGCAAAGCUCUCCAAACUGGUCUGAAGCACAGAGUAGUUAGCUAGAACGCUAGCUAAGGCGUCAGCUUUCACAGUCCAUCUUGUCGGACAAAGGGUACAGAAGCCUGCAUGGAUCAGAAGCCAUUACCUGUAAAAUCUCAUUCGUAUUUCAUGGCUGGUAUACUUAUUACUCUUUCAUUGCAUCCAUCUAGUUAGCCUACCAUCAGUUUCAUCUUCAGAUCUUAAUGUCAACAAUUGAAUAAAAUUGCCAUCUGGCUCACCAUCACCUCUAAGUGCUCAGUCCUUUUCGAGCAAGAAACCGAAUACUACUGACAAAGCUUCAGAAAACAGGCACGAUUAACUUGCUUCUCACCAGCUAAGAAAGGGAUUCACCAACAUCACUGUGUGUGGCCGGAAUGGUGAUCAUUACAUUAACUGCUUGCUUGUGACAGGUUGAUCAGAAUUAUUAGCCAGUUUUGGUACCCUCUGGUGAUGAAGGCGACAUCAGCAGUGCCACAGGUAAGUUGCUUGGUUUUGAAAGCACUGACACAAGUAAAACAGAAAGCACGCUCUGAACAAUCAUCCCAGUGUAACCAAUUCCAGUUCCAACUGAUGCCUUAGAUGUCUUCUGCUGGUUUGGAGAGGCACCAAUGUCAGGCCGGAAGGAACUCGAAAGACAUCUUGCAGCUAUUUUUAAUGUUAACGACCUUUACCAAAUAAAUAUGUGAAAAGUGGUCAGGUAUUGGCCUGAAAUCGAGGCUAGCCUGACCAUAGAUGAGGUUUAAGCUUGGUUAAACCAUAGAUGUAGGAGAGAGGGAUUGGAAACGGAAGUAGAUUUCAAUGUACUUCACAUAUGACCUCGAUAAACAUCCGCGCCUCGCUUAAUGAGGGUUAAUCUAUUCCCCAGGAACUUCGCGGGUAACUGAGAUUAUUGCAAAUCUAGGAUUUUAUGAGUUGUCACUAGUAUUCUGUCAAGUUUUCCAGUAUCCAGUGCAACUGUGCUUUAUCCCUUUCCUUGCCAUUCGUGAAAUCUGGAACAGGAGCGUCUUUAGGUCGAUCAAUUAGUGUGGAUCCGGCCUCACCACGCCUCCAUGUCAUUCUAUUAGUCUAGAUCCGGCUAGCAAUUCUAGCUGGGACUCCCAGUUCUAGCUCCUUUUGUUUAGCGUGUCAGAGACUGGGAGAAGAUGAUUGGCACUCCCUGGCUCCUUUGGAUGUACAGCUGUCCAGAUCCCUAGAACAUACCCUCCAUUCUGACGAGUUAUCAGUGCAUAGCCAUAGGGUGCUUACUAGAUUCUUGCCAGCCAGUACAGUUCAAGCUACACACAGCACCGCUCAACUAUUCUCUACCUCAUUAUCUAGCUAAAUCUGGUCCAACUAGACAGCAGACACAGCUAGUUAAUUCAGUAAAGCCAGGGGUAGCCCUACUUCUACGGUUGUUCAGUACCCACGGUAACAAUUCCUCUGGGCUGGGCUAACUAGUUGAGCCACGCCUCCCAAUUCUCAAGGCUAGGUACAUGUCUCUGUCUAGCUGCUUCUUCAGCUUCUUGCUCAGUUUUGUGGCUUAGAGAAAGGCCAGCUACUCAGGGGGAAGAGUCCAGAUGAAAGUCUGGCAGCCAGGUGACGUCCAAACGGUCAGUUAUUCUUUCCACCAACUUUUUAAUCUAGUCUAGUCCUGCUUGCACUGCUACUACUACUACUGCUACUCUUCUUACUACUACUGCUGCUACUCUUCCUAGCUAGUCAAAGGUUUCUUUUUUUUUUUGUUUUUUUUUUUAACUACAUAUGCACAAAGAGACAUCAAAGCUUACAUCAAAGGACACAGAUUUUUAGCCUACUUGACUGAUAAGGCCGUUACCUAGACUACAGUUUGUUUGUCAGGGAGGAGCUCACAUACAACUUCAUCUAAUUCAUCAUAACGAUUCGUUACCGUUGUUGUAAUUUCUACAACAGAUUGCCAAGGAAAGAGUUAUAUAGAUAGUGAAUAACCAUUAUUCAAGCUCUAUUUACCGUUGCAACUAUCUUCUUCAUUGAAUUUAGCAAUACCUCGCAAGCCAAAACUUACUGAGUAUGCUGAAGAAAAGAAGACAGAAGAAUACCCCUCCUCUCUACACCCCUACACGUCACCGCCCUCGUAAAUGUUAUCGGCUGUUCCGGCUAUAUAUACACCCUUGUAUACCUCACCAGCUUCUCUCCAUCUAAGACUGUCUGAUUAGAGUGCUAAACUAAUCAUAAUUAUAGCUGUAAUAAUCAUUUUUAUCGUGUAAGUUUUUGUUAAUGUUGUUCGGUUUGAUCCCACUCGUUUUACACUUAGAAAGCAACUGGCAGUGCUGUGGAGUGUUUUGCUGUCUCCAAGUGUAUGUAAUUAUACUUAAUGAAUUGGAAAUUGAAAUGUACGCUCACCAGCCUAGUAUAUAUAGAAACUUCGUACAAUUGAUUCAUCAAAAGUGAAAACAAUUAUUAAGAAAGUUACAUGGUGUAUUAUGUAUCUUGUCGUAUGAAUGAUCAUGGUUAUUGCCUCAAACUAGUGCACUUCUUGAUGGUUUUCUUUUUCGUUGGCAGCAAAAGAGAAGCCUCUGACAGUCACAAAUACAUUCACAAUUUCAGGGAACUAAGCAUCCUCUGAUGAUUUUAUAUCUACUGUGAAACAAGUAUCCAAUACCACUAGCUCUGCAUAUUCUCCUUACUAUUAUACCAUGUACCAAUGCACUGUUGAUUGUGUCUCUUUCCCUCUUCUUCACCGCUUAUGCAAUGAGUUUUCCUCAUUUGAGGCAAGAAAAGAAGACAAGAAAGCGAGGCGCGGAUGUUUUCCGAGGCCCACUUCCGUUUCCAAUCCCUCUCUCCUACAUCUAUGGUUAAACAUAGUUAAUAUUGGUGAGCUCACAUGCAACAAAGCCAUUAGCGUGGGAGUACGAGAAAUGGGAUGUGGCGUCGUACACACAUGCGCAGUCAGUCGGCCAUGUGCAUGCAAUUACUACUUCUGAGAAUCUCUGUGACUUCUCUAUUUCUCGAUUCUCGGUCGUAUAAUUAUACCCCUGCGUCUCUCGGGCCAUGGCCACGGGAUCGUCCCCUGGAUUCUCACAAGAGCAGCUGGAGUUGCCUGCAUACCAGGCGGCCAUCCAGCUACUGCGACCACCAGAGUCGGUGACUACUCCACCAGCCCCAACAGGGUCGGGGCUACUCCCAGGGACUAUCUCACCACCCUAUCUCACCACCCUAUCCCACCACCAACAUCAGGCGACCACCUAGAUAGAUGUUCACAUUGCGGGUAGCUAGAACACUUGGAUAUCACAGUGAUUCUUUGAACCGCCUCGCCUGAUUAAGACUUGCUAUCUAUUCCGAUGGCUCCACACGCACUUCCGAUAGCUGCACACUCUGCGUAGUUAAGGCCCGGGUCUGGCUGUAAAUACCAAAAUUUAACACUAUGUUCAUACUGCUGUAUUAUUUGCAAUAUACAGUGUAUGCUGCAUCAAAAUGAUCCAAAAUGAAGCUCAAUGUUUUCUUUUUCCAAAAAACUAAUUAGCUUAAUUCAAUUAUGCUAAUUAGCCCCAAAAAUGGUGAUGACGUCAUGCCACUUUUAAUAAUAAGAACUACAAAUGCGGCCAUGAAGAUGCUAAGAUCAUAGAUUGAAAAGGAAGGGGAUUGGAAACUGUAAGGACUAGAACUGUGAACUAUGAACUAUGUAUUAUUAUUAUUAUUUAUCCAUUAUGUCAUGUUUAUUGUUUCCUGUGUUCUGAGCGUGCGCCGCUCGUUAUCUUGAGUUAUGUAACCUCCUCGUGUUCUUGAUUAUUUUUAAGUAAGCUAAAGCUAGCUAUUACAUUGGCGACAAGGAUCCGACCUACCCAUUCUACCUGCCAUGGCUACACAUGGCACUCUGGGACCCUUCGACCUCGCUUUGGGCGACUGGAAGUCGUACGUCGAAAGGGCCGAGCUGUAUUUUACAGCGAACGAUGUGGACGACAAUGGCAAGAUGAGGGCCAUCCUACUUUGCUCCUGUGGUGAUGUAACUUACCGACGCAUUAAGGAUGUUCUCUCCCCGCGUACACCAGCUGAAGUGACGUUCAGGGACAUUUGUACUGCCAUGUCCACCCAUUUGCAACCUCAACCCUCAGAAAUAGUGCAACGUUUUCGUUUCAACACUCGAGUUAGGCAGCCCCAAGAGACAAUAGCAACUUAUGUUACACAACUCAAACGUUUGGCGGAGAGCUGCAACUUUGGUGACGCAGCCAGGCUCAAUGAGAUGAUAAGGGACCGCCUAGUAUGUGGCAUUGCUAACGGGAAAUGGCAACAAAGGCUCUUGGCAGAAGAAGGCUUGACUUACGACAAAGCAUAUAAACUCUUGCUCAGUUUAGAAGCCUCAGAAAAGGAAGUUAAGGAUUUAACAAUACCAGAUGCCACUGCGGUACAUCAACUCCGUCCAUUCCGAAAAACCUCGGCUCCUACCUAUACCGAGAGAGGAGAAGCACAACCUUGCUACAGAUGUGGAGGAGAACAUUCCCAUAGUAGUUGCAGGUUCAAAGACGCAGAAUGUAGGUACUGUCACAAGAAAGGCCAUAUUGCUGCAGUUUGCCGCCAGAAGCUGAAGAACAGUAAGCCAUCGUCUCGACAGAUUCACACUGCAGCGGGACAGCAAGAAGAGGAAGAAGAUUUUCCGGAGUACUCAAACCUGAUCGAUCGUAUUACGACACGUACACCCCUGGGUGACCCCCUAAUGGUCACUAUCGAGAUUGAAGGGAUUCCUGUUAAGAUGGAAGUGGAUACUGGAGCCACCCUGUCCAUCAUGAGCUACUCAACAUUAUCCUCUACCUGGCCAGAAGCCCUUACUCCAGAAAUCAAGCCAACUCAAGCCAAGUUGCGUACGUACACUGGCGAAAAGAUAGUGGUAAAAGGGGCAAUUGAUGUGAAGGUUAAAUACGGUGGGCAAGAAGCAGAAGUGUCUCUCAUCAUAGUGGAUGGACAAGGCCAAACACUGCUUGGAAGAGACUGGUUACAAUAUUUACGGCUGGACUGGGCCACGCUCAACCAAGUAACACAAAAGACUAGUGAGUUGGAAACAUUGGUGCACGCUCACUCUGCUCUGUUUUCUGAAGAAUUAGGGCUCAUUAAGGGUACCACAGCUCAGCUCUACCCCAAGGAAGGAAGCAAACCUCGCUUCUAUCGGGCUCGUCAAGUACCGUACGCGAUGAGAGAGCCAGUAGCCAGAGAAAUUGAUCGUCAGGUUGCCUUGGGCAUACUAGAACCUGUGAAGUUUUCGCCCUGGGGCACACCUGUCGUACCGAUACGCAAGAAAGAUGGUUCCAUUCGAUUAUGCGGCGAUUACAAAAUCACAGUCAACAGGGAAACAAUCACGGAGACUUUCCCCCUACCUCGAGUAGAGGACUUGCUGGCGUCCCUGGCCGGUGGAACAGCUUUCUCUAAACUUGACCUCAAACAGGCCUAUCAACAAGUUGCCCUGGACGAUGAGGCAAAACGAAUGGUCACGAUCAACACUCACAAAGGGCUCUAUCAGGUGAAUCGACUGCCUUUUGGAGUGGCCUCUGCACCAUCCCUUUUUCAGCGGAUUAUGGAAAACCUCCUGCAAGGUAUUCCGGGAGUGUUGAUCUAUCUGGACGAUAUUCUUGUCACAGGAAAGACAAUUCCUGAACACCUUCAAAACCUGGACGCUGUCCUCACCCGGUUAGAGGAAGCGGGAGUGAAACUGAAGCAAGACAAGUGUUCCUUUUUGCUCCCCUCAGUCGAAUUCCUCGGACAUCGUAUCUCUGCAGAAGGCAUCCAACCCACCACGGAGAAGGUCGAGGCUAUCCACAAGGCACCUGAACCUCAGGAUAUUACUCAGCUUCGUUCGUUCCUGGGGGCUGUAAACUACUACCACAAGUUCCUUCCAGACCUAUCCACGGUUUUGGCACCCCUCUAUCAUCUGCUGCAGAAAAACACCAAGUGGUCCUGGGGCCCUAGCCACAGCAAGGCUUUCGAAAAAGUUAAGAAUCUUCUCACAUCCGAUCGUGUACUGGCACACUAUGACCCUUCGGAAGAGCUUGUCCUUGCAUGUGAUGCUUCCCCCUACGGAAUAGGGGCAGUCCUGUCACAUAAAUACUCCAACAGCCAAGAGAAACCAAUCGCUUUUGCAUCCCGCUCACUUGGGGCGGCCGAAAGAAACUAUUCGCAGUUAGAAAAGGAGGGAUUAGCAAUUGUGUUCGCAGUGAAGAAAUUUCAUCAAUAUUUGUACGGCAGGCGAUUUACCAUCACACCAGACCACAAACCACUACAACAUAUUUUCAAGGAGACCUCCGCAAUCCCACAGAUGGCAUCAGCACGUAUUCAACGCUGGGCACUGUUGUUAGGAGGUUAUGACUACUCGAUAUCCUACAAACCGGGACGAGAGCAUGCCAAUGCCGAUAUGCUAAGCCGUUUACCGAGUGCAGCGGCACCAUCCUCAGUUCCACCCACUCCAGAAACAGUUAACAUUUUGGAAACUUUGGAUGCGUCACCAAUUACCUCCUCUCACAUCAAACAGUGGACGUCCCAAGACCCCACCUUAGCCAAAAUUCGGGAUUCCAUUGUGUCCGGUGAACGCCCAAGAGAAGAGAUUGCAAAGCCCUACCACAAGGUCUGGUCAGAACUGUCGGUGGAACAGGGUUGUCUCUUGAGAGGAAACCGAAUCGUGAUUCCCCCAAGAGGACGUACGGCAGUCAUGGAUUUGCUACACGAAGGACACCCCGGAGAAACUCGCAUGAAAGCCUUGGCCCGAUCGUUCGUGUGGUGGCCAGGGGUAGAUGGAGAUCUGGAAAACACUGUCAAAGAGUGUGAUCAGUGCCAACGAACACGGCAUUCCCCAGCCCAAGCUCCACUUCACCCAUGGGAGUUUCCAACCCUUGCCUGGGAACGUUUACAUGCUGACUUUGCGGGACCAUUCUUGGGUCAGAUGUUUCUGGUGGUGAUAGAUGCCUACUCAAAGUGGCUUGAAGUUGUGCCCAUGUCUACAGCCACAUCAUUCACGACCAUCGAGAAGCUCCGUACUAUCUUCGCAACUCACGGUUUGCCUCGGAUAUUUGUUACCGACAAUGGAACACAGUUCACUAGCACUGAAUUUCAAGCAUUCAUGAAAAGUAAUGGAAUCAAACAUAUUUGCUCAUCCCCAUACCAUCCCUCCACUAACGGCCUCGCUGAGAGAGCAGUUCAAAGUUUCAAAGAGAACAUGAAACGACGGUCAAAUGGGACAAUUGCCGAGAAACUCUCCCAGUUUUUACUCUGGUAUAGGUUAACACCUCAUUCCACCACUGGGGUACCCCCGGCAGAACUUCUAUUGGGAAGACGACCUAGAUCUAAGUUAGACCUCCUCAAACCGAAUUUGACGGAAAAGGUCCAAUCAAAAAUUGAAGUGCAGAAAAGGAACCACGAUUCCAAGACAAAAUUACGAUCUUUCAAAAUUGAUGAGAAAGUGUACGUCAAGGAUUUUCCAAAUGCAAAGAAAUGGUUGCCUGGAAAGAUUGUGGAUGUUCGAGGUCCACUGUCGUAUCAUGUUGAACUUAAUGAUGGAAGAAUUGUCAGAAGACAUGUGGAUGCUGUUCAUGAUCGUGCAGCUCCAGAGUCGGUGGAGGAGGACCAAAACGAUCAAACAAUUCCCCCUGUACAAUUGGGAAACACCGAUACCGAGACACUGGACACUGAUACCGAGGCACUGGAUACCGAUACCGAGAGACAGGCCGAAACCGAACCGCAGGAUUCCCCACCGAUACGUACGUCUAGUCGUAUUCGAAGUCCGCCAGAUCGUUACAGUGUCUAAACCUAAGGGUGAGGGAAUGUAAGGACUAGAACUGUGAACUAUGAACUAUGUAUUAUUAUUAUUAUUUAUCCAUUAUGUCAUGUUUAUUGUUUCCUGUGUUCUGAGCGUGCGCCGCUCGUUAUCUUGAGUUAUGUAACCUCCUCGUGUUCUUGAUUAUUUUUAAGUAA